GAGGAGCGAUAGAACGAUGAGCGGAAAAAUGCCGAUGUGACGCUAAUUUGUGCUACGCUGAUAUUAAGUCGAGAAUUUUAUUGUGUCGUAUCUCGGUAGCGCCCGGUCGGCCUCAUCCAGUCGAUAGUCGAGAGAGUGUUUUCUCCUCGGAGAGAAAAUGGACGUUGUCGAAAUUCUGGAUUACAAGCCGGUCACAGAACCCCGCCGCGAAGAGAACAGCAAAUCUGAACGACCGAGAAAGCGCUUGAAAGCCGCGAACGGUGGUCCUUCGACGUCGCGACAACGUGAUGUCGAAGAAGAAGACGAUGACGGAAAUGCCGAGGACGGCAUCCCGGAUCUUCCGGACGCUGAGCUCACUCCCGAGCUCACGGAACAGACUUUGAAGAAAAUGAUACUCCGCUUCGAGCGUCGGAGUCUGAAGAACCGUGAGCUUCGCAUCAAAUUCCCCGAACAGCCGGUGAAGUUCAUGGACGCUGAGAUCGAGCUCAACGAGUCGAUUCAGGAAAUGCACCUGGUGGCAACUCAUCCCGAAGUCUACCCGACUCUCGUGGAGCUGAACACGGUGGAAUCGAUUCUUGGUCUCCUGGGACACGAGAAUUCCGAUAUAGCCAAUGCGGCGGUGGAUCUCUUGCAAGAAAUGACCGACGUUGACACCCUGCACGAAAGCGAGGAGGGAGCCCUGGCGUUGAUUGACUGUCUCAUAGAGAAACGGAUUGUUUCUCAACUAGUGGAAAAUAUGCAGCGCCUCAACGAGCACAACAAAGAAGAGUCUGAAGGUGUGCACAAUUCGCUGGCUGUGGUAGAACAUAUCAUCGAGUUCCGACCGGAAUACGCUGUGAAUGCCGCUCAAGAAGGCUUGAUGGCGUACCUUCUGAAACGACUACGAGCGAAACUGCCUUUCGACACAAACAAACUAUACGCGUCGGAAAUCCUCGCGAUUCUCCUGCAGGAUUGCGAGCCCAAUCGGAAAAUGCUCGGGGAGAUCGACGGAAUCGACAUACUUCUUCAACAGCUCUCGCACUUCCGCCGUCAUGAUCCGGGGAACUCGGAGGAGUUCGAGAUGAUGGAGAAUCUUUUCGAUAUUCUCUGUUCUGCCCUCCUACUGCCGGCCAACAGGGAUAGAUUUUUGAAGAGUGAAGGUCUCCAACUGAUGAAUCUUCUACUGAAAGAGAAACGUCAGUCCCGUUACGGUGCUCUGAAAACGCUCGAAUAUGCUCUCCAGGGUCCUGAGGGCGUGGAGAAUUGCAACAAAUUCGUGGACAUACUCGGAUUGAGGAUUCUGUUCCCGAUGUUCAUGUAUACACCAAAAAAGAAGAAGAACAAGAGUUAUACACCCGAGGAACACGAGGAACACGCCUGCUCCAUCAUCUGCUCUUUGCUGAAAAACUGCCGACCUCCUCAGCUAGAACGAUUGCUGAACAAAUUCGUCGAAUGCGAACACGAGAAGGUCGACAGAAUCAUGGAGCUCCAUUUCAAGUAUUUCGAUAAAGUGCAACAGGCAGACCGCGAAAUCGAAAUCGAAAGGAUCGAUUCGGAAGACUACAAUGAAGAUGAAAUUUACAUCGAACGCCUAGAUAGAGGCUUGUUCGCUCUCCAAAUGGUCGAUUAUAUAAUCGUCGAUAUCUGCGCAACUGGUCCGGAAUCGAUCAAGAAGAAGGUUCUACAAGUGCUGAACAUGCGCGGCGGCAGUGUCACGCAAAUCCGGCAGAUAAUGCGCGAAUACGCCGGAAACCUAGGCUUCGACAACGAGGAAACACGCAAGGCCAACCACGACCGCAUCAUGCAACUCGUUGAUCGAUUCUAAGGAGUAGCAUGCCAGGACGAGCGACACUGACGACUCCGUGUAAAAAGCAAAAAAAAUCUCUGAGUGAAUGAA